AUGUUGCGGGCGGGUGUCGGGCUGCUGCUCCUCGGCCUGUGCUGCUCCUGGCUUCCGGCCCGGGGAAGCGACGACGCGGAGUACGUGACUUGCGGCUCUGUGGUGAAACUGCUGAACACCCGGCAUAACGUGCGGCUGCACUCCCACGAUGUCAAAUACGGAUCGGGUGAGAUACGGGGGGCUCAGCAUGGCCACUACACGGGCUGGGACUACAUUCCCCAUGAUGCACAGCCAAAGCGCAGCCCAGAGUGCCCAUGCUGGAUAAUGUCACCAUGGAGGCAGUGCUGCCAGCUGUGGGUAGGGUGCUGGGCAGUGCUGGCAGCCAUGGGUAGGGUGCUGGGCAAUGCUGACAGCCGUGGGUAGGGUGUUGGGCAGUGCUGCCAGCCGUGGGUAGGGUGCUGGGAGCUGUGGGUAGGGUGCUGGGCAGUGCUGCCAGCUGUGGGUAGGGUGUUGGGCAGUGCUGCCAGCCGUGGGUAGGGUGCUGGGCGCCGUGGGUAGGGUGCUGGGCAGUGCUGCCAGCUGUGGGUAGGGUGCUGGGCAGUGCUGACAGCCGUGGGUAGGGUGCUGGGCAGUGCUGACAGCCGUGGGUAGGGUGCUGGGAGCCGUGGGUAGGGUGCUGGGCAGUGCUGGCAGCCGUGGGUAGGGUGCAGGGCAGUGCUGGCAGCCGUGGGGACGGUGCUGGCAGCUGGUGUGUGAGCGCACUGUGCUGGGUAUCCUGUGUGGACCAUGUGGGUAGAUCUGCUGCAAAAAUGCCAUAGGUACAACAGUUUCCAUGGAAACCAAUAUACAGAAUAUAACCACUUUGUGAUUGAUUGACUAAACAGGGCGUUGAGAAGUCCUGCCAGCCAAUCUGCAGAUUGUAGUCUUCCAUAAUUGAGCAUAGCAGAUUUGUCAAUUCUUAUAACAGAGAUUUAAUCACAAAACAGUGAAUUGUCAGGAAAAGUUGAUUUGGAUAAUUUUUCAUGUCAGCCCGUCUUAUAAAACUUCCCUUUUUAUGGUGGAAAGGCGUUUUUAAAAAUAAUAAUAAUAAAAAAAUAACAUUUAAAUUCCAUUCAACUGUUUCCUCAAUGGUUUAAUAAGCAUACCUGCUUUAGACUUGCCCCUUUGGCCAUAGGAUUGCAAACAUCAUUAAGUACAAUAACCACUACAGUCUAAAAUUUACUUCUGUUCCAGCAUCAAGUUCUCCCGGCAGUUUGAUGCUCCAAAAGUGACAUUUGAGGGGGAUGAAUGUCAAGAGAUGGUGCCAUCAUGGUUGUUCUUCUUGCGAGCAUGCUGUGCAUAACUACAACAGAAGUCCAGCAUACAUAGAGCUGACAGCCUGCCCUGAAUUCCUGUACUUGCCUGGUACAGUACUAAUCACUCUGCCAGGGGUGGUGUUGUACCUCUGGAAGCAAAUGGCUAUAUCUCUGUAUGUGCAGAGUUUCAUAGUAAAAUUCUGCAUGUACAGAUUCCAAGGACCAUAAACAGUUAAAAUCAUAAAGUGCUCAUGGUGCUUUCAGUAAAUCUAAAAUUUGUCAAAACACUGAGAAUUUGUUUACAAUAUUUUCUUCUCAAAGAGAAAUGGAGAACACUUAUGAUGCAUUUCCCAUGUUACCUGGAUCCUGCUAGUUGUACUCCUAGUUAUGAUGACAGUCUGCUACUGUAGGAGGCUGGAUGCUCAAAGCCAAUGAAUGGCCAAUGGUUAGAGCAUCAGCUGACUGCUUUCAGCCAAUGUAUGACAUGCUGCGCAUAGAAAUAGCCAGCCUGGAACUCUUGUCAUGGGCUGGCUAAUUAUGUCCCAAUGACACUACCAGAUGUGGAGAUACACCUCCAGCAGCAAUGGGGUUACACUCUGUAUGUGUAGCAUUUAAUUGCGCAUACAGACCCCAGGUACCGGAGCCUGAUUCAAGGCAGGGGCCCCGGUGAACCACUGGUGGGGGCGCUCCAUUGUCUGCACCAAUAUUAGGUCCAGACCACUUUAAAAACACCUUCACAGUCAAUGACUCAGUGUCGGAGGACCACGAUAUUGCUGUAGGAAUGUGCUCUGCCAGCACCUCUCCCAUGCACACCUUGUGGUGAUGAAGGAGCUCGGUUGACGUCACCUUCUGGCUCCACUUCAAGGUAUGCAAGGGAGCUGUGAUUACUCAGCCAUUUUGAAUGACCCAAAAAUGAGGGAUUGCUUUUGUGACCACUCCUGACAGGGAUCGAUCAAUAUCACUUUUUAAGGGCCUAUAUCGAUUAUCGGUGGCCUUUUCGGGCCGGUAACUGGUAAUGAUAUUCUUGGUGAUAAAGCUAAAAAUAUGCUUGGACAAUUGAUUUCAAGAUUGGGAUCAUCAAUCAAAUGACAAGUUAUUCGAUAUGGAAAAUACACCAUGUUUGUGCAAAAAAGGAUUGUUUCUGAUUUCAGGUCUCUUUGCAGCUUGACUAGGAGACUACUCUUUAUCAUGUCAAACUUCAAAAUCAUCAGUAAAGCAAUGCCAACUGCGCCCAUGCAAUGCACGUCCUCUCUGCCUGUAAGGCACCAUGCCGUUACCAUAGUGAAGGUAUGGUUGACAGGAAGUCUGGGCAGGUUUGUGAUCUGCCCCCACCUCCUGACAGUGACCAUGGCACUGGUGUACACAAGUACCUGACUAUCUGCUGCUCCUUGGUGGCCAGGAUGGGCGUGAUCCGCCCCGGGUGCCAUUCACAUUGAAGAGGGGGCAGCUGGGACUCUGCACACACUAUCAUCUGUUUCUAGUAGGUCCUGUACAACUAUAGAGAGCCUGAUGUGCUGCGCGGAGCGUUAGCAUGGUUAGCCAAAGUGACGCUUUAACGCCGUGGGCUUGUGAGUAUUGAAAAGAGGAGCUAAAGAUGCAUGCGAAUCAUUCAUCUAGUGAUAAUUGUCAAAAUGUUCAAUAACUGCCAAUAAUUUUGGCCAAACCGAUAAUCAGUCGAUCCCUACCUCAUCAUGCCCCUUGCCAGUCUAUUUUACCACAUUAGCAGUGUACUUUUCUUCCUUUAAAACCGUUACAAUAACUGUGUUUUAACUGAUAUGGCUCCCUGAGUUUAAUGGAAAAACAAAAUUAUAUUCUGUUCACACAUAUGGGGAAGAUUAUUACAGGAACAGGUGUCCAAUCAAAUGCUUUGAAUUGAAUGCUUUUCUAUUAUCAGCAUUUGAUUACUGCUGUGGAAGCGCUUCUAGUGGCUGUCUUAAGAGGUGUGCAGGGUCAAAACUACUGGGCCACUGCACUCAGACUACUUCAUUGAAUGGGCGUGGUCUGUGUGACCUUUAGUGGUCCUCUUAAAGGGGCUGUUAGAGCAUGUUUGUCUAACUUUGGCUGUCAAACUCCUGUGAUAUAAUUCCUGCAGAAUUAUUUGAAGUGUUGCCAGCACAGGUAUGAAUGCAUAAUAUUUGUAGCCUAGGAAUGCAUGCUAGGACAAUAGCACACAUUGCCUAGAUUUGGGGUGGAUGAAAAUAGUUUAAGUCUGAGAAAAUGAAACCUUGCUGGUUGUAUCUUUGUAACAUGAUGUUAUUUCUUUUUAUUGCUUUACAUGAAUGAAUCUAAAGGAUAGUAAAAUAAUUUUAUUUAUUUAUUUUAUAGCCAGCAGAGUCAAUGUUUGUAAUGAUAACGUUGAUCUGUUUUGCUAUAGUAGUAAUUGAUGUUUACACUUUUUUUAUUUUUCUCUACUUAAUAGGUAGUGGUCAGCAGUCUGUCACUGGUGUGGAAUCCUCAGAUGAUGCUAAUAGCUAUUGGAGGUUAAGAGGCAAAACUGAUAAUGAUUGCUCACGUGGGCAGCCUAUUAAAUGUGGACAAGCAAUUCGCCUUACCCAUGUGAAUACUGGGAAGAACCUGCACACACAUCACUUCUCAUCCCCUCUUUCUAACAACCAGGUAACAAAAGGAAGUGCAAUAAAUUUAAAAUUGCAAAGGAGAACUGUGUUACUAUAGUGAUUACAUGAGUAAAAAUAAUCGAGCCAGGGACUGUGCAGAAAUGGGGGCAUGAUUUGUUGGUGUAAAGAAUAUACCAUUUACCACAGUAUUGUGUGUGGUUUUUAUUGUUGGCUUUCUUAAAUCUUUAAUCAGCAUUUCAUUAUAGCCAUCUCCUCCACAUAUGUAUCUUGUUGGCAACAUUCAUUGGUUGCACUACCAAACUUAGUUUUCCUGCAAUGUAACAUGAUUAAUCAUUUGAGGUCAUUCGAGCUUUACUUGAGCGUUGUAAGGUAAGACUUAAAGGGACACUAUAGGCACCCAGGCCACUUCUUCUCAUUGAAGUUGUGUGGGUGCAGUGUCCCUUACCCACGUAGUACUGCAAUGUAAAACAUUGCCGUUUUUGAGAAACUGCAGUGAUUACUUUGCAUGACUAAGGCUGUCUAUCAAACAGCCACUAGAGGCACAUCCGGGAUUCUAAAUUCCCUUUACGUAGCAGGAGGUGUUUUGCUUAUCAAAUGUAAGAACACAGCUUUGCCAGAGAGCAGCUUUUAAUUCAUAACCUGGCUGCAAGCAGUCAGGGAUACCACAGACAGGUAGUGAUCUCCUUACUGUCUGGGUGUCCUCUCCUUCUAACAUAGGCUGCUUUGUACAUACAUUUGAUACGGAUGUUUGUCUUUAGUGAGUAAAGUUGGACUGGUGCUCGGAGUGCCCUUAAGGACCAAACUUCUGGAAUAAAAGGGAAUCAUGACCUGUCACGUCACACAUGUCAAGUGUCCCUAAGGGGUUUAGUUCACAUUAGAUGUAGAUUUUGUGAAUCCAGCAUAACUGCUAUCUGAUCAUAAUGGAAAAUAUAGAUUAAAACAAAUAUUAGUGGAUAAUUGUUUUGACUGAUGGUGAUGGACUUUUUCCUAUGAUGCUUUGUCAGGCUGAUGGCUGACUGAGCAUCGUGGUAAAUGAGGUCCACAACAGCUCCAUAUGCAUAUGUUAAUUUAUCCUGACAAGACGGAGAAGGGAUAUAAAAGUAGAAAUAAUAUGCCUAUGCAAAUUUGGUACAGAGCAAUUUUGGCAAUAGUGGCUGAAAAGAUAAAAUCAGAUCUUCUUUCCUCUGUAGUAAUAAGGACCAUCGCUGCAGGCUGUACUAGUAGAGAUGACUUCUAGACUCCAUUUGCUCCUAACUUGGCUAUUUGCAUUCACAGCUGUGGGAAGAUGUGCUGUCAUAUCUAUUCCUCCAGUGAUAAUACAAUAGAUUGACUAUGGGUUGAAAUAAUAUCUAUAGUUUAUUUAUAUAUAUAUAUUUUUUUUUUUUCUAUGUUGUCAUUAACAGGAAGUAAGUGCCUUUGGGGAUGAUGGAGAAGGGGAUGACCUUGACGCUUGGACUGUGCAGUGCAGUGAUACUUUAUGGGAACGCGAGGAUGCAGUGCGGUUCAAACAUGUAGGAACAAAUGUAUUCCUAACCAUAACGGGUGAGCAGUAUAGCCACCCAAUUAGAGGUCAGCGAGAAGUUCAUGGCAUGACAAGCGCUAAUGUUCACAACUACUGGAAAGCGAUGGAAGGAGUGUUCAUCAAACCUAGUUCAGCCCCAGGCUCAUCCAAACAUGAUGAAUUAUGAGAAGGGAAGCAGGACCAAAGUGUGAAUUGUCCACUCUGAAAAACCAAGGUCCAAAGUGUUAAAAGAACUCUUUUACAGAUUAGCUUUCACCAACAGAACACAAACUUGCAAAGAGAAAAUUUUUAUGAUAGGCCAUUGGUUUAUAUAUAAUGUUUCUCUUCUCACCCCAAACCGUUACAAUGCUACAACUGCAUUUAGUUGUUCCUUUUACCAUGUACAAUUACUGUAAAAUGCUUCUGUUUUGAGAACAAAAUGGCCAAAAAGAAACAAUCUUAUUUCAAUUGCACUUGUUAAAGGGAAAUUACACUUAUUUCAAAAAAAAAAUUUUUUUUUUUUUUUGUAAGGACAAGCACAUUACGAGAGAGAGAGACUUGCCUUCCUUAAAAAAAUUUAAUUGUAGAUUUGAUUAGCAAACUUUUUUUUUAAAUUGCGUCAUUGUAAGGGUUUCAAUCUGACAAAGAAAAUGUUGGUAACAGCAGCUCUGCACAUAUGUUAUAUCUCAAACCUUAUGUGUGUGUAAUAUCUCCAAAUAGUAGGAUAUAACAAGCAAAUUAUUUAUUGGUGUGAUAUCUCGUUGGAAGAACCAGGAUCAGCUGUAAUGCAUCAGCCUACAGAUCUGUUUCAUCUCUGUUGGAGAUUAAAAAAACUUUCAGCUUUAUUUUUUAACUCAGAAUUUAGUAAAUUAAAAUCUGAAUGGCAAAUUCUACGCUAAAUGGGAGGGGGAUUUCUAAUGCAUCUAUUGACGCGGUUUGUCUCCUUUAGCCUGGCAGUUGCUAUUCAUGUUUCAGUUUACUAAAAAAAAUCUUGAGAGAUGUAAAUAUGAGUUGACUUUUUAUUUUUAAACUUUUAGUUUUUCCGCUUACAAGGGAGAAUGAAUAUUAUUUUUAUUCUUUUGAGCUCUGUUUAGGUGCAGCAUAUCUUUAUGUGAGUCCUGGUUAUUUUUUGCUUGCCUCCCAUGGUAUAAUAUAAAAUUCACAGUCUAGUUUAUUCCACUGCAACAACAAACAGCUGUGUUUUCAGUUCAAAUUAAGUUUCAAAAUUUUAGGUCAAUAUCCAUGAGUUCUGGACAUUUUUAGUGAAUAAUUUUCAUCAAAGAUUACAUACAGGCUUAAUUUUGUAUCUUCAUGAUUAAAUACAGACUGGUUUAAUUUUAAAGAGAAAAUUCAGCAAUCUCUUGUCUGCUCUUGAAUAGAUGGUGGGUUUUUUUUUUUUUCCCUCUCUUUCAAAUAAAAAAAAGUGGGAAAAUAAACAAUUUGCAUUUGUGGGGUUUUUUUGGGUUUUUUUUUUUUUGGAAAAAUUUUUUCUAACAAGGGAAAACUUUAAGUAGUAUGGAUGUUAGACAAACUGUUAAUACUUACUGUAAUUUAAAACAAAAAAAAAUCUCACAAUCCAGUUUUGAUGUAUGUAGGUGUGGCUGUGAGACUGCAAACUAGGAACAUGUCUGUUAUUCAUAUCCCUGAUUAGACACUAUUUCUUUUGACAAAUGAAACUGACAUGCUUGUAUUAGAACAAAUUAUAAUACAAACUUGCAGCCCACCUGCCUUGGGGCCACUUUGUAUUGGGGCUGGGAUUCUCUGAUUCUUAUCUUCCCUCCCACGGCUGAUCACCUGCUCCCGCAGGCCAGCCACUCCCCCUUUCCUCCUGCUCGCAGUGCAAUAAUUUGGUGGAGAGAGUGGGCAGUGUAUUAGAGUGGUGGGAUGGGGGGGCAGAGUGUUAGAGUGGUGGUAGCAGGGUGGUGUAUAAGAGUGGAGGGAGGGGGACAGUGUAUUUGAUUGGGUCUGCAUGGAGGUGCUGAACGCUCCCCAUGGAGAUGCGGAUUGGCCGCGCAGCUUUGUGCCACACAUGCACACUAGCCUCUAAUGUUUUCCUAUGGGAAAGCAUUGGAUUGGCUGAGAUCAUAAAGUUUGAUGAUCUCAGCCAAAAUAAAGAACACACUCAUAGGACUUAAAAAUCAACAAGAUACUUGGUUGUCGAGUACCUGAAAAUCUUUUCGGCUAGGUACUCGCGCGAACACCGGUAAACGUUCUACCACUGCCCGUUCUUGUUCCUGGCCACCUCUACGAACAGCGUUUUGGGAGAUAGAGACUUCCGAACAGGGGGAGCAUUUGUAUCCGGAAAACUAGAGAUUCCAUUGUAUGGUGUUCCCAUAGGAACCUAACGAAUGGAGAUCGGCCAGGACACCUAUUUCACUGGAACUCGUUUGGGCUAGUGCCUCAUAUCUGGCCGGUCAAAACUUCACCACGAUGGAAUUUCUGUUCUACUGAUCUGAGUGAUUAUUGGAUAUGUUGGGGCUAUCGGGGAAUGUGCUGUUUGUGGGGUUCCUAGGUAUGGUUGAGGUACUUUUGGGGAACAGGAUAUUUUGUGGCUUUUCCUAAGAAGCUUCCUUCCCUGCUCCAUUCAACUAUCAACCAGUAUCUGUUCCUUCAAAAAAAUUACAAAAACUCACUUCAAGAAGACAUAUCAGUCAAACUGUUAUCUUUCCCUUCCCACCCAAAUCUAACCCACCUUGCUUCCUCUCCUGCCACUGUCAUGUAAAUAAAAUAACAGGGUUAUUCACUAAAGUAAGAAUUCUAAGAGAAUUUCAGAUUUAUGGCCAGAGUAGCCAAACUGAAAGCAUAGCUGACCUAGAGACGUUUUUCAGUUCAGCAAUUUUGACCUUCAAAGCAAUUUAAUUUUUAUAUAUAUUUUUUUAGGGGUGCAGUGAUAAGUACAAGGUUUAUUAUUAUGAUAUUUAUAGAGCGCCGUCAAAUUCCGCAGCGCUUUACAAUGGGUGGACGAACAGACAUGUAGUUGUAACCAGACAAGUUGAGGGCCCUGCUCAAUGAGCUUACAUGCUAGAGGGAGUGGGGUAAAAUGACACAAAAGGUAAGGAUAGUAUUAGACUAGUGAUAGUUGCAGAAGAGGAAUCAGUCAGGAGCUAUUAACGGUUUAAUUGAUACGCUUUUAUGAAGAAGUGGGUUUUUAACGAUUUUUUUGAAGGAGUGGAGACUGGGUGAGCAUCUAACGGAGGAGGGAAGUGAGUUCCACAGGAACGGUGCAGCCCUCGAGAAGUCUUGAAGCGAGCAUCAGAGGUGGGAGUACGGACAGAAGAUAGACGUAAGUCUUCAGCAGAUUGUAAGGGCCUAGACGGGACAUUCUUGUGUAUAAGGGAGGAUAGAUAGGUGGGAGCAGCAUUAUGUAGAGAUUUGAAAGCAAGAACCAGAAUUUAGUAAUGACUUAUGACAAUAUGUAGACCUGCGACGUGAAGAUGUGCUGCACUUUAAAAAAUAAUUUUUUUAAGAAAACAUGCUUGUUCACAGUAAAUCAGUAUAUGAGUAGUCUAGAGUGGUGAAGAAAUAGGGGUAUACAGACUGACAUUGUGGUAGAUUAGGAUAUGAGAAUGUAACAACAUGAAUAGUCUAUGUGAGAGUUAACAAUUGGAGAAAGGUCCACCAGGUAGAGUUCUAUGUUAAGAGCUAUCAGGUAUAUGUUAGCCUAGAGACAUGAGGCGUUAGUAAAUGAGAAGUGAGUGAUAUAGAUAGAGGCAAAUCGGCAAGUGACAGGUAAGGUACUUAGAAAUCACCAUAACCACUGUAACGUGUUUAUACAAGCCAAAGUACCUUCUUCAGCCAAUUCCGCAAUUCUAAUGCAGUUGGGGGCGUGGGCUGCUGUCCAUCAAUGCUGAGUGCUUCCUUUCCCGGAUCGCGGGCACAGGUAGGAAUCUUCCAGUGCGUGAGGGGUACUGUAAGACCACAGUACCUUCUCGAUUUACCAUUCCCACUCACAAGCCAGGUUUGGUGUCCCUUCAUGCUCUCUGGCUCAAGCAGUCAGACUUAAGUCCUGCAAGACUUCUGGUGCAACAUUAUUACAAGGAUGCGGACUGAAGACCGCACUGACCUUGAUUUCCCAGUGGGACAGGUGCUCAGUCAGAGUGGCGGCCAUCUUAGGUUCUCCACGGGGAUAUUUGCCUCAACGUGAGGGAGAGCAAUGUACAUUUUAAAUUUAAUUCUCACUUUGUGAAUAAACCUACAAGCCUUAAUUCCAAACUCUUCUAGCAACCUACUUUUCUCAUACAUAAAAAACUUACCCUUAUGUAUGUGUUUUGUUAUUUUUACCUCACUUUAUUUUGAACAUAAAGUGCUUUGGAGCAUGGCCCUCUGCACUUUCUGUUUUUGAACGUCCACCUUAUCUGAUGGUAAUUACUUGUUUGAUAAUCCACAUGUUGGUACUUUAUAAAUAACAAUAAGAGCAUUUUCUAAUUAUUGCUUCCUUCUCCGGUGCACUAGUGUAAGAGAUUCAGCUGCAUCCUGUAAGUGAAUUGUAUUUAUAGUUUUUGUAUAGGGUAGGCAUCAGAUGAGAAUUAAUGCCGCUUAUUGUCUGAAAGAAGGAUUCAGUCCUCAGGCAUUUUUAAUUAUAUCUCAAAACAGAGUGUUCUGCACUUAAGGGGAUUUAAAUUAAGUUCAAGGGAAAAUAUUUUAGCAGCUACCACACAAGUGUAAAGGUAUAAACUGAAUGACCACAAAUCAGCACUAGUUUAUAUAUUUGAGUACUUAUAUAAAUAACAUUUACCCCUAUAGGGAUUGUGGUGGGACAGCUGCCUGUUCAUGAAUUUCCUGUCCGUUAUGUGUUGCCUCAUCUUUUCGUGUCUUCUGCCUGCUCCCCGUUCGGGAGUGCCUUCACGAAGGGAAUUCAUUUGUUUCCCGAAUGGGGACGAUCCCGAUACCCCAUUUAGAAUAUUGGCUUAGAACAAGCAUGUCAAACUCGCAGCCCACAAUGGACAUCUUUGCAGCACGGUGAGCCGCAAGUGCAUGCUUAGUGUUAAAGCAGAGUAGGCAACUGCUUUCUCCACAUUGCAGGUGCCUACUCUGCUAAAAUUUAACCGACCGAGACUCAGAGGUCGCUGGAGGAGCUCAGUCUUCAUGCUCCCUCACGCGUGCCAUCUGUAGUGAUGCCGGGUGCCAGAAUAUGACGUCAUAUUCUGGCAUCACAUAAACUUUAUUUGGCCCGUGCUAGACUUCUGAGUUUGACAUGCUUGGCUUAGAACCUUUACACCUCGCCACAUAGUGUGAAACAGCAAGGGAAACAAUUGAUGAGUAGUCCUCCAGCUGGCGGCCAUUCGUAUAGAUGAACACCAGCCAGGGGGAGUGUUUGUGGAUUGUUUCCCGAACGAGGGCCUCCCGAGUGCCCAAUUAGAAUGUUUGAACUCGCAAGAUAGGUGUGAAACCGCAAGGGAAGUAAUUAAUGAAUGCUACCCUGGGUAGUCGCCAUUUCGUAUAGACAAACGGCACCCAGGGGGAUCAUUCAUAUCUUUAAAGGAGAUGCUUCUCUUGCCUGGUUUCCACACACAGACCCUGCAAACGUAGGCAGUUUGCGACAGUGGCCGUUGUGAGGGUCCCUGAGGUUGGUGUGGACACUUCUGGGGCGCUGGUGAAUUUAGGGGGCUUUGUAGUGCCCGCUGGGACAAAGAGACCAGCUCUUUUCCCGUGGACAGGCUCUUUGUCCCGCGCUUGGUCUCCCAGGUACAGAGGCUCAUGGGAUGGAGACCCCCCCCGUCCCUAAAUGUGGGAACCCAUGUGUUUGGGUGGUGGGCUUGGGAGACAAAGGGAACAAAGUCCCUUCCCAUGUUGGGACCUCGGGGAGGGGGAGAAAUGUGGGAUGUGUCUUUGUAUGUGUGUGUGAUCCAACCCUUGAUCGGGGGGGGGGGAAGGUCUUCGAUGUCCCGAUUGGGGCCUACUCCAGCGGUGAGUGGGGCGGACAACCGCUGCUCCACUAUCCUGCCUAACAGAGCCCAGCCAGAGACCCAAGGCCGUGAGGACUGGACCCUGUUCUCCUCUGAACCAGUGGGGGUGAUCCUGACCCUCACCUCGGGGUUCAGACCGCAGCAACAGAACCCGAGCCCAGUGACACUACCACCCUGCAACGCGGCCCGGGUGCUUCAGUUAAAAUGGCGGAUGCCAUGUGUGCCGAAGUCAGAGGGAUGAAAAGCUCUCCCCCCGAGCCUGCAGGAAGCAACGUGGAAUCCACCAUGAUACCCAGGCAAAACGUCCACCCCUCCAGAUGCAACGCCAAACCGCGUCUCCAAAACAGGGGCAGGCCCGAAACGGAAUUAAGGGUCAGAGGCACAACAGGCCAGGGAGCACAACACACCACAGGUUACUGACACCUGGCAAGCACCAACUUACCUUCCAGUCACAUCAGGGAGCAGGUCUUUCAAGCAAGGUACAGCACUGUACACCUGGGAUCCCUGGUACCAACAAAGCCCCCCAGUGACAUACUCUCUAAGAUAGAUGGACACUUCUCUAACUUCUGGUGGAAACAAGAACGCCUCAUACUCCAGCCCGCUCUGCCCCAUAACAAAGCUUACUUACCCAAACACUCCCCACUUAAGCACACAUCUCCUGCUGCGUGAAUCCCAGCAUGGCGGUGGAGUAGGAGACACACAGAGUUGAGCCUCAAAAUGGCGCUGAAACAAUCACCCAAGCACACACGAGCAGGACCGCAACCACAACCUCAAGGGCUGAGCAGCAAUACACCCAAGAUACGAACCCCAACCUACCGGAUCACAUCGUGGCAAGAUGACAUGCAGUGUACCUCUUCACUCUGGGACUGCGUUGUACCCCAUGCUGGCAUAGGCUGAGAAUGGCUCCGGGACUAAUCUGUGAAGGGUAAACCCCGGGCUACACACAGCAGCUGACCUGCUACGAGAAUGUAGUGUUGUGAGCGAUUAUUUAAUAUCUAUGCCUAUGUAUUCAAUAUAGAUGAUACUUACUUGGUAGUCUCUAUGUCUACUGGCUCUCACCAUGGGGAUCCUACCAGAAGUAAUAAUAAGCCUGUUAUGCCUCUCAGGAUUUUUCAAUCCUGGUAUUGUUAUACACAUUGUUUGCAUUUUUAUUAUGUUUUGCCUUACUUAUUAUUUUGUAAAACAUUAACUCUGAGGCAAGCUUCAAGGAAACCCCUGUGGCUCAGAUAUACAGCUACUGUUUAUUUUUUAUGCUAGUCCUAAUGCAAGCGAGUAUGGACACCAAGCUUAGUUUAACUACCCAAUGAUCGCAUUCAUCAUAUAUACCUUACUAGGAUGCUAUACACGUGCCUUACGGCACUUAUUGCUCACAAUUUCUGUACAGCCAGCGUGUGAAAUAGCAAUCCACCAUUCUCACGAUGGACAUAGCUUGGUAUAAAUGUUUUCAUUAUUAAUUGUUUUCCCUUUAGUAUCUCUGUCUAGUUUUGCUGCCAAAACGGCUACACGCAAGUUGAUAUCUAUUCUAGACAUAGCUGAAUAGCAUGAUUUACUUAACAAAAAAAAAAUACUCUGUAUAUUCACUGCACAAUAAAAAUAAAGAAUUUACUUUUUUUUUUUUUAUUCAUAUAGUGUAAUGGAGUUGGGUAAAGGGAAGAUUGUGAAUUAUAAAUUAGACACAGUCACAUGUAGGAGAGCCAGCUAGGACAGGUUCAAAUCUCAUCAACUGUUGUGUGCUAGGUGACAGUACAUCUUCUUCUCUUUAACUCAGGUGUCCUAAUGCAGGAGGAAGAGAACAGAAGGGGAAGGAGACAGAAACAACCAGGCUCCUGGUGAAAUACAAUUAUUUUACUUCAUGAAAUCAUGGGAAUACGAGUAAAAUAAAAUAGAAACAAAAUACAUUUGUGUAGGUAAACAUAACUUAUCAAUCACCUUAGACAAAAAAGACCAUGAGGCUGGCGGAGCAUGGAGUUUCGCCGCACAUACAUACUAUCCUCCCAAUGUUUUCCUAUGGGAAAGAGGUGCCCUGGCGGUGGUCAUCAGUGUUGAUGAUCUCAGUCAUGGAGGUGGCGUGUCAGACGCAAGGGAGAAAAAGUUAAAAAACUAACUUAUUUAGUUCCUACAGGUGAGAGCCAAGGGGCAUAAACGGCUACCAGGGCACUAAGCGUUAAGAUAACUCAUUUGUAUUCCUAAAGCUAUAGUGUUCCUUUAACCUAAUAAAGUGCUGAAUAACUUAAAAAGUGUCACUUAGUUAUUUUCUUUUUUUUAUACUUGCACAAAUCCAUGUGCAGCUUUUUUUCCAUAUAACUGAAUAAAAAGGUGUGCCAAAGUAUAACAUUACUGCCUAUGACUUCCCAUUCACAUGUGUUACAUAGCUGAAAAGAGACUUGCGUUCAUCAAGUUCAGCCUUCCUCACAUUUGUUUUUUGCUGUUGAUCCAAAAGAAGGCAACUCCCCAAAAAAAAAAAACAUUUGAAGCACUUCCAAUUUUGCAACAAACUAGGAGAAAAAAUUCCUUCUUCACCCUAGAAUGGCAGUCGGAUUUAUCCUUGGAUCAAGCAGCUAUUACCCUACAUUGAAAAAUUAUAUUCUUGAAUAUUCUGUUUUUGCAAAAAUGCAUCUAGUUGCUGUUUGAACAUCUGUACGGACUCUGAUAAAACCACCUCUUCAGACAGAGAAUUCCACAUCAUGGGGCGUGGCUCGGACGCUGAACAAGAUGGCAGCAUAAUAGGAGAGCUCCGCUCCGCCGCACCCAUGUAAGCACCGGAUCUCCGCAAAACCUACUCAAAUGGGUCGCAACGGACGCCCGGAAGCCCCCCAAACUCCGAGGGGCACACAACAAGGCCCUCUUGACGGGUUUUUACAGCCCCAACUCAGCGGGAGCAGCGGCACAGGGAGCCCCAAGAUGGCGCCUACCUCCCCAGAGAGCUCAGACGGCACUACCCUGGAGCGAAUAGGGGAAGAACUGAAGAGCCUGGCAGCCUCCAUGGUCACCAAAACGGACCUGCAUAGCAUUACCACUACCCUACAAGAGAUGAUGCGCUCGGAGCUGGCAGGUAUCAGAGCAGAAGUUGCCACUCAUACAGGCCGCAUCCACACGCUGGAACAAGCCACUGAGACACACGCUGGUAAACUCACUGCAACAGACACAGCAGUAGCCCGACAGGGUGAAAUCCUAUUAGCAAUACACAGGCAUGCCGAAGACUUAGAUAACAGAGGGCGGCGCUGCAACAUAAGGAUUCGAGGAGUACCUGAAUCAGAAGGGAAAGAAAACGCGGAGGAAGUCCUGACAGAACUCUUCCACACCAUGAUGCAGGCAGCGACCCCCCAACGCUUUGAGUUUGAGAGGGCACACAGGGCAUUGAGACCCAGAUCGGUGGAAGACGGCCAGGGCCGGACUGGCCCACCGGGAUACCGGGAAAUUUCCCGGUGGGCCGCGGCAGCUGGGGCAGCUUCCCCGGUCCGGCGGCACUCCUCUCACUGCUGUGGCUGAUGGAGGAGGAGCAUGUCUCUGUACCAUGCUCCCUCGCGGUUCUGGCCCCCUGAGAUGGGGAGAGACACAGGGAAAGGGGGGAGGGAGAGAGAUGGGGAGAGACACAGGGAAAGGGGGGAGGGAGAGAGGAGGGAAGAGACACAGGGAAAGGGGGGAGGAGGGAGAGAUACAUGGAGAGAGAUGGGGGAGGGAGACACAGGAGAGAGAUGGGGAGGAGGGAGAGAUACACAGGGAAAGGGGAGGAGAGAGAUGGAGAGACACAGGGAAAGGGGGAGGGAGGGAGAUGGGGAGGGAGGAGGGAGAGACACAGAGAGAGAUGGAGAGGAGAGAGAGAUGGGAGGAGAGAUACAGGGAGAGGGGAGGAGAGAGAUGGGGAGAGAGGAGACAGGGGAGGGGAGAGACACAGGGAAAGGGGGGAGAGAUGGGGGAGGGAGAGAGAUGGGGAGGAGGGGAGACACAGGGAAGGGGGGGAGAGAUGGGGAGGAGGGAGAGACAGGGAAAGGGGGAGGGAGAGAGAUGGGGAGGAGGGAGAGACACAGGGAAAGGGGGGAGGGAGAGAGAUGGGGAGGAAGAGACACAGGGAAAGGGGGUGAAAGAGGCAGAGGGGGAAGAGAGAGACAAAGAGGGAGAAAUGAGAGAGAGACACACAAGGGGAGGGGAAGAAAGAGGCAGAGGGGGAAGAGAGAGACUGGGAAGGAGAGGGGAGACAUUGACACAGAGGAGCAGUGAGGGGGAGAAAGAAACAUACAGAGUGACUGGGGGAGACAAAGAGGCACACAGAGGGGCUGGAGAUAAAGAGACACACAUAGGGGCAGUAUAUAUCACUGGUGGAUGGGGGGGCACCGUGCAGCCAGUCGGCAGGGGAGGAAGAGAGGACCUAGGGCAACGCUCCAGCUCUCACGAGGGUGAACUCUAUCCCUGGAGCUACUGGCUAGAGUUCACUCUCACCACUUCCUGGUGGUCCCAGUAGUAGGAGUGAACUCUAGCCCCAUACACACACACACACACACACACACCAUACACAUUCACACACUGCACCCACACACACACACCAUACACAUUUACACACUGCCCACCCACACACUGAACCUUUCACACACAUUGCACCACUGCUGCUAUACCCUAAUACAGCCUCAUAUCCCAGCAGACUCCAGGUAAGUUGUCAAACUAUUCUUAAACGGUUUGACGACUUACUCUGGGAGGGGGUGCCGACGCUCCUGGCACCAUAACCACUACACAGAGGAGUAGUGGUUAUUGUGCAUGGAAUAUUUCUUUAAAUAAUCUACAAGUGCCCCUCUCAGGCUCAGGCUCUGGAUCUGCCACUAGUAUAUGACAUGUAUAUUAAUGUAAUAUAUAUACCUAUUAUAUUUACACUUAUUAAUGUACAUUUAUAAAUGCAUAAUACACAGAGAAAUUUCAUUAAUAUGUACCAUAUGUAAUGAGCAGAUAUUGGCCCAGUCUUGUUGCUAGGUGCAUACUCCAGCACAAUAACAUAUUUAAAGUGAAGAGCACACCCACAGGACUUCAAAAUAAACAUUUUUUCAGUUGUGCCCUACAUACAUUCACCAUUUCAGUCCCAUUAACAAGCUUUCCUUAAUAUGUCAAGGUAGUUGGACUGAAACAUUGAUUACAUGCAAAGGCACGUCUGCUUAAAAUAAAUCUGCACUUUUGUUUAUUUUGAAGCCUAUGAGUGCGCUUUUUACAUUGAAGUACUUUUUAAUUUUAAGUUGUCUGUUCUAACUCUGUAUCUGCACACUAUGCUGGCGCAACGCAUUAUGGGGGUGGUAAAUAUUUUUUUUCCAGGGCUGCUUUUAAUUCCCAGUCCGGCCCUGAAGACGGCCCGAGAGACCUGGUAUGCUGCCUACAUUCCUUCCCACUGAAGGAAGCAAUAAUUAAAAAAGCCAGCGAGAGGCCCACCUGGCCAUACAGGGGAGCACAGAUCUCCUUCUAUAAUGACCUAUCCCCCAUCACACUAGUGGCACGCCGAGCGCUUAGACCAGUAACAACUGCCCUGCGAGAGCGCACUAUCACCUACAAGUGGGGAUUCCCAUUUGCCCUACUCGCCCGCCACCAAAACAGAUGGGUGCCGCUGAGAUGGCCGGAAGAGGUACCCCGCUUCAUGGAAGAGUUGGGCAUACCACCCACGCCAGUCGUCAACUGGAUCCUGGGGCCCGUGGGCCCACCACCAAGACCCCAGAGACCACCUAGGAGGCAAGAAACUCGCUCUCCACCGGGACGUACCUAUAUAUAGAAUAUGGGUUGUGGCUAUAUCGAGAAUGCACAAGUUCCCUGUAGUAGGACAGCACUGCACUUAAAAUGGAGGAUCUCGUGAGUAAAUAAGAGGUUUAAAAAAAAUGCACCUUUUACUAUAAAAUGCAUUAUAUUCCUUGAAUGUCAUAAACAAUGAGCUAUGUUACUAUUUGUGAAAUUCAUAAGCUCUGUACUGAAAGGCCUAGUAGAAUUACCUACAACUAAGGGGAGGGAGCAAUAAAUGUAUUAUUCUUUCUUAAAACACAGAUUCUUACUGUGGUAAGUAUAAUGAUCAAUAUUCACAUCACAGAGGCUCUUGAAAAGAGAAUAAAUAGUAGGAUGGGGUUUCUGGUGUGACAUAUGCUUGCUGCUUGUUCCCUGUAGGUAAAAUCAAUAGGGAUUCAUAAAAAGGUAUCUCCUUGUGAAAUGUAACUGUAAAUAGCAAUACAUCAGUAGAUCUUCAACUAGUGGAUAAACAUGUUACACUAUACAAAUAAAUGAAGAUGUGUUCAGUCCCCAUCCGAUGCUUAGGUUGGCAAAAACUAACAUUUCAGAGCCAUUCUCUGAGGUAUAUACACAUCAUGUUGGUAGUCCGCAUGAGGAAAAACCUUCAAAAGGUCAUUCAUAAGGCAUGUUAGUUACCAUAAAUAAAUAGGAAAACUGAAAAACAAAAGCAAAACAUACAUGUAUAAAUGAACACACUGCAAACAGGCUAUAUUAACCCCUUAGUGACCAGAUCAGAUCGUUUUUCAAUUCUCUUACCGUUAAGGACCAGGGCUGUUUUUACAUUUCUGUGGUGUUUGUGUUUAACUGCAAUUUUCCUCUUACUAAUUUAGCGUACCCACAUAUAUUAUAUACAGUUUUUCUCGCCAUUAAAUGGUCUUCCUAAAUAUACCAUUAUUUUCAUCAUGUCAUAUAAUUUAAAAUAAAAAAAAUUAUUAAUUUUUCUAACUUUAACCUCCAAAAUCUGUUACGCAUCUACAACCGACAAAUAACACCCGUGCUAAAUAGUUUCUACAUUUUGUCCUGAGUUUAGAAAUACCAAAUCUUAACAUGUUCUUAGCUUUUUUUUUUUGCAAGUUAUAGGGCUAUAAGUACUUGUAGGACAGAGCUGUUUCAAAAUAUAUAUUUUUAAAAUGUAUCAAUAGUGACAUUGUAACACUGUUAUCUGUCAUAAAUCUCUGAAUCACACCUCACAUGUACAUAUUUUUUUGAAGUAGACAACCCAGGGUAUUCAAUAUGAGGUAUGUCCAGUCUUUUGUAGUAGUCACAAACACUGGCCAAAGUUAGCAUUUAUAUUUGUUUGUGUGUUAAAAAUGCUAAAAACAAUUAUGAACGCUAACUUUGGCCAGUGUUUGUGACUAAGUGGCUACUAAAAAAAGACUGAACAUACCCCAUUUGCAAUACCUUGGGUUGUCUUAUUUUGCAAAUGGUAUUCCAUCAUGGGGGUAAUUCUCAUUCCUGGGCUACCAUACGCUCUCAAAGGCAACAUAACUAAUCUGACAAAUUUAAAUAUGAAAAUCAAGCCUUAUAUUUGACCCUGUAACUUUUUAAAAAACACUAUAAACCCUGUACAUCCGGGGUACAGUUAUACGCGGGAGACUUUGCGGAACACAAAUAUUAGUAUUUCAAAACAGUAAAACGUAUCACAACAAUAAUAUCAUCAGUGAAUGUGCCGUUUCUGUGUGAACAAUGCAAAAAAACUUCACUUUCACUGACAAUAUCAUUGCUGUGAUAUGUUUUACUGUUUUGAAACACUAAUAUUUCGUGUUCAGCGAAGUCUCCCGAGUGUAACUGUACAAGUAAAACAGUACCCCCAUGAACAGGUUUUAGGCUGUCUUGGAAAGUUACAGGGUAAAAUAUGGUGCUAGCAAAUUAAAUUCUCUGGACCUUCGGUUGUCAGGCAGGUCCCCCAAAUUGCAAUCAAUAAAAUUACUUAAUUAUGUAAAAAUAUUACAUAAAUAUGCACAAAGAAUUUAAAUAUAGAUACAUAUUUAUAUAUUUGAAGUCUACGUGUAUAUUUAUGAAAAUAUUUAUGUAAUUAUGUAUAUGGACAUAUGUAUAUUUCAUAUUAUUUUUAUUCAUUUAUAUAUAGAUAGAUAGAUAUAUAAUUUCAUUCUAAGUGUAUUUUGAUAUAUAUAUAUAUAUAUUAAUAUCAAAAUACCGUUAAAAUAUAUAUAUAUAUAUAUGUAAUUUUAUUCUAUUAUUUUUACAUUUUAUUUUUUUAGAUUAAUAAUUUUUUAUAUGAUAUAUACAAUAUAUAGUUAUUAUAUAUUAUAUAUAUUAUAUAUAUAUAUAUAUAUAUAUACGUGUGUAAUUUUACUCUAACUAUAUUUUUAUAUUAAUAUAGUUAUAUAUUAAUAUAAAAAUACACUUAGUAUGACAUUUUAUAUUAGAGAUAUAUAUAUUUAUAUAUAUACAUACAUAUUGUAUAGAUAUAACAUAUGUAUUUAUAUACUUAUUUAUAUAUAUAUUUUUUGUCAGACAGUCCCCCCAGGACGAGAGGAACACCAAUUGCCGGCGGGGGAACGGUGGCGAUCGAAUGAGUACUAAGAAUACCAGGGACAUACUAGGUACGUCCGAGGUCCUUAAAGUCCAUUUUUGUUGGACGUACCUAGUACGUCCAAGGUCGGGAAGGGCUUAAUGAAGGGAUACGACAAUAAAUCAACCUGAAUGCCCACUGGGAGAAGAUAACUGUGAUUGUGCUUUGGUGUGGGAUGUAGGCCAGCUCAAUAUCUGCAAACCAUAUCAACAUGGAGAUUCUACAGCAUCAAAUCUAUGUGUGGCCCUGGUAUGAAUGGGGAAAACUUGGCUACAUCCUCAAGAUGAGUAGGGGAGCGCAGUCUCCUCAUAGAGACUUCCGUCAGCUUCCAUGUUAAGUCAGAAGUGCGGAAGAACUUAAAGGGACACUCCACUGCCCAAAUACAAAAUAAAUAAAAAUCACUGUUAAGUAGAUAUAAUCCAAAUGAAAACUUGUAUGCAUUUAAUUAUGUAUUUUUUUUCAUUGGGGUUAUAUCUAAAAUCAGACUACAAAAUCUGAAGUUCUCUUGUCUGCUGCCUUUGCAAGCUCUCCCCUUCUAUCCCUGCUCAGAUUUCCUGUGGCUGCCCAAUCACAGCUCAAUGAGAAGUUUUUGUAAGUCAGGUGGUCUAAGCAAUUGCAGCCUCGAGGUCAGCUGCAUUAAGCUAACAAAAGCAGGAUGUAACAAUACCUGUUGUCUGCUUGAAAGCCAAGGGUGUGUCCAAGUUAAUUUAAAAAAGUUUCCAUUUCUAUUGAAAUCUGCACUUUUAGCAAAAUGAAAAAAAGAGGACACACUCUUCACACAUAAAGCUUUUCAGCAAGCUAAAGUUGUUUAGGGGUCUGGAGUGACCUUUUAAGAGAACUGAUAGGUCACAUAGGCUAACUGGAAUACCAUCUUUACUGACUAUUAGGGUCCUGCAUCAGUAUGCAAUGUACUAAUAUAAUGUCACCACCAUAAGUUGGGUCAAUUUACAUUUGAUAAGUUUCAAAAAAAUACUUUGUUAAGGAAUACACUGCCCGCCAUAUUCUCAUCUUCACAACCUCUCUUUGACAUAUAUUUAUGCUUGUAUUCUUAUUUUUCUUUUAUGUACAGUAUGUCCUUAGCAGUAUACAAUGCUAGCUGAAUUUUGUGCCUGGCUGUAAAUGUCAAGACAUCAAGCUGGUCUGAGGACCACAUGGUAGGCAUAUUUCACUUGACCUCCUGUUGGAUGUCAUUCUUAUAGUAAACCUACCAAUAAAAUAAUCUAAUUUGCCCUGAAUCAUAAGGCUUCUUCUCUAGACAUAGAUAUAAAGCAAUGGACAAACAGGACAUCAACCUAAAACCACUUUCAAAUGAAUCCAUUCAAUAAUGGCCUACUUCCAGAGACUUACACCAAUCUUAGAUGCAUAAACCCUCUCACUUGCACAUGCAGCAGACACAUAAUGCACUAGCAUCUAAACUCAUAGAUCUACCCACACAAUACAUGUUCACACAAACUCCAACCAUGGAGAUUAGAAAUUCACCCAUUGGUGGUAGAGUGUGCCAUUGACCCUCCAGGCAUACAGUGGCAAAAACUUCUUCUACAAAUCACAUCGCUAGUAGUGUAGGACUUGACAUUUCAGGCCGUGAUACAUUUAAACUUGAGAUGUAACAAAUAAUAUAUAUGUGUAGACCACCCAGGUGCAGCAAUAUAUACAAAAUAAAGGUAAUUACUUCCCUUAUAUAUCAGUUCGUAACAAGAGGAUUCCUCAAAAGUCCUCAAACUGCAAAUAAAAAAAAUAUAAGAUACACCUUAAAGGUAAAGGCAGAGAAAAAAAUCAUAAGGUAACACUAUAUGGUAAAAUGUGGCCCCUUGGUGAUAAUAAUACACUCACAAGAUGUACGAAUAUUAUGAGCCCAUCAAGGUUCCUUUAAAUACUCAGCUACAGACGUCCUCAAUGUCCCAGGGUACAUGUCAAAAAAAAAAAACUGGACAUAGUACAGUAAUGCUUAAAAUGUAAAAAGACACUUUAAUUAAACGCACUUACAAGAAGUGAAAGAUAAAAAUGCCCAUCAAUAAGUCUCUGUGUCCCUCUGUUCCAGCUGGAUAGGAGACAGGAAUAAGCAGCAAUACAAAGCUCAACGCGUUUCGUCUCUUAAUAAAGACUUCCUCAGGAGCAAAUGAAUAAAAAUACAAUUGUAGCAGCAAAAAUAAAAUAAAACUAUGUCCAGUUUUUUUUAUUUUUUUUUUUACAUGUACCCUGGGACAUUGAGGACGUCUGUAGCUGAGUAUUUAAAGGAACCUUGAUGGGCUCAUAAUAUUCGUACAUCUUGUGAGUGUAUUAUUAUCACCAAGGGGCCACAUUUUACCAAAUAGUGUUACCCUAUGAUUUUUUUCUCUGCCUUUACCUUUUAGGUGUAUCUUAUAUUUUAAACUUGAGAUGUACCUGCACCCACACAGAUACAUGCACACUCACACACAUACACAGAUACAUGCACACUUACAUGUACAUGCACACUCAGCUUUACAAAGUUACAUGCACAAACACACACACACACACACACACCCCUACAUGCACACUCAGCCUUACACAGAUACAUGCACACUUACACACAUACACCUACAUGCACACUCAGCCUUACACAGAUACAUACACCUACAUGCACACUCAGUCUUACACAGAUACAUGCACACUCACACAUACACCUACACAAUUACUCUUGCAUACACAGAUACAUGCAAACUCACAGUUACACCAGAUGACUCAUGUAAAAGGUAUAAAUGCUGGUUCUGUAAACCCACUGCCACCAAGGAAUUCUACACAUUGACUAGUGAUAGCAACAUACAAAUUAUUCCAUGGACACCAUACAUAGACUGGCAGCCCACAUAUACUGUGACUCAUGGAAUUUUGAAAGUGCAGGCCACUAAUUCAAGAAUAAAGGGGUUGUAUAUUAACCCAAAUGCUUUUGUGACAGCCUGCCCUGCAUACCUCCUGCCUUUAUUCAGCAGAAAUAUAGUGCUUUGAGCUUUCAGUCCUUUAUUCAAUUUAUUCAACCCUAACCCAGGGUUACAUCAGUACCUGUUUCAUAAAGAGUAAAGAUAAUUAGCAGCAACCAGUACAUAAAAUACUUGUAUUGGGGGUACUUUAAUUUACAAAUCUGUUAUUGUAAUGAUAAUAUUAAUAAUUUGGUAUUUGUGGGUAAACACUCUGCUCUAAGUUGGCAGUAGAACACAUGAAUGAUGUUGCUAUAUUGCUAAUAAAGCAUUGGUUUAAUGUUUUGGAGGUGGUACAGCUGCCUUAUCUGCUCACCUGACAAAACAUGUUGCACGAUAUACAUAGAAUCUAGCUAUGUGCAUGAAUCGCCACAAAGGUGAGUCAGAGUUCAUCAGGGCUUUCCUGGUGGUCUUUGGCCUCUGAGAAGGCAAAACUUCAUCACUCAACUUGCUUUUAUAAUUCUACUGUUUAUCUGUUUUCUAAAACUUCCCACUACUCAGGAAGUACUAACACACAACCGAAGCAGCCGAUCCCCCCCUCCCAAAACUAAAAUGUUUUAGAACAUCAAUUCUAGAUCUUUUAUUUAUAAAUAUAACCGACGUGUUUCACUGUUGUAAUUGCAGUUUUCGCAUACGCCACUAGCAAGCGCUGUUUCACUGCAUUUAACAGUGGGAUGCUGCAUAUGUCCCCACCUGUAUGUCCUGAAAUGUUCAUGCCUGGCCCAUCAAGCGUUCUUAGGUGCAUACUUUAAAUUCUAAGGAGUCCAUUCUUCUCACAGCUUUGAUGUGACUAGGUCAAAGGUCGUCUUAUCUGGGAUGUCACAGUAAGUUGGUGCCAUGGAUAGUGUUUUGUAUGGUCUUUAAAAGCAAUUACUUAGUGAUGGUGCUUCCCAAAAUAUUUAAGAAAUAAAGAUAGUGUAACUAUAGAUAUCUGCAACGUGGGAACAUUCCGUCAUCUCUGAGGGUUUUUUUUUUCCUAGGGAAGGAGAGGAGGAGGAGGGGGGCAAGUGAGAGCAGAUCAGGAAAAUCUCCAGAUCUUAGCACAGAUCAUAAAAUACAUUGCUACUUGAUGAUAAAUAUAUUUAUAAUGCACAUAUGCUUUUUUUCUACUAUACUUCCAGAAGUGUCUAAUCUGUUUAAUUGUAACAGAUCAACCAGGCAUGUAUAUUGUACAGCAAAACAAUAUGUUACAUGUGUGUAAGUACUAUACAUACACAGCUAAAGACCUCUUUAGCUUUAUUGCAUAUUAGCUCAGGACAUUUUUUUUUCUAUGAGUUGCUGUGAUUACAUUGAGUGUCUUUCAAUCAUAAAUGAAACACGUGCAUUUUGGGGGGGGGGUCGAUUUAUUACUACUCAUGUUAUAUAAGUUAACUUCCAAAUAUGACUUAUAAUUGGCUGUGCAUUCUGUCUAUCAAACAUCAGAUGACUUCAGAAAGGGAUUUCCCAGAGUGCUCUGCUCAGGGACCCCUUCCCCCCACAAAAGGCUCCUGGGAAAGGAAUUCCUCCCCGUUCCCUGUCUCUCCGCCCCCCUCCCCCUCCAAGGCAGAUGAUGCUCUGAGCUGCACAUUUCUCCUCUUGCCCCAAUGCAAUCUUUGUUUCAGCACAAGAAAAGGUACCUGACUGGUGGUGGAAUAUUAGCUGCUGUAAUUAGCUAUCUACCAUGCAUCCAGAGCAACACUUAGAAUCACUGGGAUAACCUAUAGGGAAAGCCAUUCACAUUUAUCAGUUAAAUAGAUUUUUUUAAAAUAAAUAAAUACUUGUUUUUAAUAACUUAAUAGUAUUAUUUUGCAGAAUAUGUUUGCUCUUGAAAAAUAAUAAUAACAUAUUUAUAUUGUUCGCCAGGGCUAUAUAUAUAUACAUAUUUCAUUCAUUUAUUUAUUUUACAUUUAAAUGUAUACACAUAAAUAUAUAUUUUAUUAUUUUAAUUAUAUAUAUAUAAAUGUAUGUUUAUACAUUCAAAUGUAAAUAUAUUUAUAUAUAAAAAUUAAUGAAGAGAUGCACUCUCAGGGCUUUUUUUUGUAGAUAAAUAUAAAUUUAUUUCAUAAAGGUAUUUACAUAAAAAAUGACAGAAUUUUUGUCCCAUUCGGGUCUUCCUCAAGAUCAAUGUACCUAUGUAAAAUAUAUUCUAUAUAUAUAUAUAUAUUAAUAUUAAUAAAUAAAUAUUGCUGUUCUUUUAUGCAUAACUGGAGUAAGUAUGACCUCUAACUGGUAUUGCAAAUAUGUAUCAAGUAGGGGGUGGAGGUGAAGUGAGGAGUAUUAUUAUUAUUUAAUAUUUAUAUUAUUUAUAAAGCGCCAACAAUUCCGUAGCACUGUACAUUGGAUUUGUCAUAUAUUAUAGAUGUUUUAGAAAUAGUGUUAAUAAAGACAUCUAUAAUGCAGCCAGUCCAUUGGAAAUCAAAGCAGGCAUCUAUGUACAUUAAAAUAUUUUUACAAUAAUAUUUAGUGUAUUAGCUUUGUAUCAGCGACUUUUCACAUGUGUUUGCUUUGCGACUGCUCAAGAUAGAUAGUGUCAUCCUUUUCUAGGUAAAGUACAUUUGUAUUUAUAUACUGCCAAGCACAUGCUAGCACUUUAUAGAACAGACAUUAGAAUGCUGGGAAUUCUAAUCUGAUCCAGAGAUCAGUGCUUGGAACAUACACAGCAUUUGCCUCAUUUGCAACUUUUUACCUAAACAGGGAAGAUGGUUAAAUCAGUGUUUAUUAAUAUGUAUCAGGACUUCAGGAACAGGUUGUGUUGGUGCAAUUCUAUUUAAAAUAUAGAAUCAGAAAGACAAGAGGUUAUCCAUUUCCUGAGUGACUAUAAGCUAAAACCUCAUUUACUCUAACCAUGUUUUAAUAUGUUUUUGUAUAGUACAAGCCAGAGAAAGACUGGGAACUUUUGGCCUUGGGUAUGUACAAGCAAAUGGUCCUUUUUGAGACCAAAUCAACCCAUCUUGCCGGACUCUUUUUUUAUGUAAGCUUCCCUAAGAAAAAGCAAAAAAAGGUUGCAUGUUAACCUAUAUAGAUAUUGCCCUGGACAAUUCCUACCUUACUCCUGCAGUGCUGUUAGAAGCGCCAUACUGCUGUCUCACAGUAAACAUUUAUUCUAGUAUGGUUUGAUAUCUCUCCUGGGUCCUACCAGGUAUCUGUGCCACAUCAUGUCUUCUCCUGCAAGAAAAACUGGAUGUCUAUAGAAUGAAGCUGAAGCAGGACCCACUCUUUCACAGACUAUAAUGGCCUUAUUUUGCUCUGUAGAGCAAGCUGGAUCUCCUGCUGGAGACAACUGGAUUCUGGGGAUGUGUGUUGUGGUUGUUUUAGUGCCUGGAGUGUUUUUUUUAAUUAUCAGAAGAAUGGUGAUGUGAAGCUACAGCCCAAAACUAGUAUGCGUGUGGCCUGGGAGACAAUUGCCCUCCUGCCUUCCUUGCCAACUCUCUUCUGCUACAAGCUCUCUCUACAUAUUGCAUAAGUUGACAUGCUACAAGUAUUCCACUUCUACAUAAAGGGACACUUUUUUAUUUUUAUUUUUUUUAUUGUAUCACUGACUUACUCCGCCUAUCACAGCUGUCCAAAUGUGAACAAAACAGAUUUUGCUAAUGCAGAUGUGAAACAAUGCUGUGGCCUGAUAAGUAUGUAGUGGUUAUGGUGCAUAGACUGCUCCUUUAAUUCCAACAUUUUCUAGGAAACACUCUUAUAUUAUUAUGAUUACUGGUAUUUAUAAAGUAAGAACAUAUAGCACAGGAUUGUAGAAUCGGGGAAAAUAGACAGUACAUUAUAGACUCACAGAUACAAAAGGAAUGUAGGACCUUGGCUGCGAGUUGGGAUCUGGCGAUUCACAGCCCUUUUAAUAAAGUACUAAGCUAUAUAAUGGCUAAUAAUAAAAGUAGGUAACUGGUGAGCUUACAAUCUGAAGAUAAAUAAAUUUUAAUUAAAUAAAUAUAGAGGUAGCUAAAUAUUCUAGAUCCAUUGUACAACUAGCAAAAAGUCAAAUUAAAUUUGAGGUUUUUUUUACUUGUAUUAAUUAAUCAAUGAUUGCAAUAAAGCAUUGAGCAUCACUUAAUUUUAUAUUAUAACAAUAUUUUGUUUAAACAUUACAUUUGCUCAUCUGUAUCUUAACACAUAUCAUAUUUUUAAUAUAUUUUUUCAUUAUCUCACAGUUAUUGUGAGUUGUAUACUAGCUCAAAUAUAAUAAACAAAAAAUAGAAUACACAAACUUGUGUAAUUGUGUAAAUUAUCCCUUAACAUGUUUUAUCUGUAAGUUAAAUACAGACAUAGAUUGUGAUGGCAGAUAAGAAGCAAUUGGCCCAUUUAGUCUAUUAUGAAAGCUCAGACUGAUUUUGUGAAUAUGUUCUUUAGGUUAGAUUAAUACACAUCCCAGCCAUUCUUAAAUUCCUUUAUUGCUUUACCCUUUACAAAAUCUACUGGAAGAUCUUUCUAGGUAUCUACUUAACCUUUCUGUAACGUAGCAUUUCCUCAUAUUACCCCACAGUCUAACAAACACUAAUUUCAAAUCAUGCUUUCUUAUUCUAAUAGAACAUAUUGUUAAUAGGCAAACUGAUAUUAAUUCACUGUAUGCUGUUUAAUGUGUUGGUUGUAAAAUUAAUUCUUUUGGGGGUCGAUGCUAACAACGAAGGGAAGCAGAUGCACAUGCUUAGAGCUCCUGAGAAAUACUCGUCAUCCGAACAUAAUUUCCUGCAAAAACUGUGUUAUACCAUUGCUAAAAUUUUGCUGCAUAGUAUGGGAAGGAAAGCUAAACUUUAACGGAGUGAAACCACUGCCUCCUCUUAAGAUAUUAGUGAUCUGCACUGCAUGACACUGCAAUCGCGGCCUGCAAAGAUGUCACCCGCACUGGAGCUCUCAGAUUACACAUCUCAGGAGAGUAAUCCUGACAACUCAGGAGGGACAAGCAGACAAGUCCCACCAAAGCACCGGUGCAUAUUACGGCUAGUAAGGCUGAUAUCCAUAGGAUGCAGUAAGGACCUAGGCUAGUAAGGCUGACCAUCUUAAGGAAAUCAAAGCUCUCUUUGCAGUUGACAUAGCAGUUGUCCAAGAGGAUAUGAAGGAUAUGACUGAUCGGCUGCAAGCACUGGUGACAGUAAUAUUCUAAGAGGCAGAAAUGAAGAUUUGAGGAUAGAGAUGGAAAAUUCAAGCAGGCCAACCUAAUUAUGGAAGACAAAGUGGCAACGAUUGAAGACUCUAGGUGACAAUGUAAGCUCCAGAUUAGAGUUGUCUCAGAAGACAUACCUGUCAAUGAGGUUCCUCGCUACCUAAGAUGUCUGCUAUCCUCUUUAUAAUCACCUUUUAAAGCAGGGCUUGACAAAUCCCAGGCGCCAGGUCACCAUGGUGACUAAAAUUUUUGCCUAGGCGCCUGGGAUUGAUAUACCAAUUCACUCCACUUCCUUCUAUUUCAAUCCCUGUGUAGCUUUCUGUGUGCAGGUGUACCGGGAGGAAGUGAUCUGUAAUUAAUUUCUCCUGGCGCUGCAGUUGCACAGAGAACUAGCAAGCUAGCAGGACACCUGCUAAAAUUGUCUCUGUUCGCCAUCCGCCCCCAUUUCACAGACCCAAUGCAUGCCCACAUUUCACAGACCCGACUGCCCGCACAAUCGUUCCCCUGCACGGCUUCAGCACCAGGAGGAAGUAAUUGCAGAUCCCUUAACUUCCUCCCAGCGCACAGUGAGCUGCAUGUGAUACCGAGACUGGUGCAGGAGAGGAGUCUUGACCAGCAGCAGCCCACUCCCAUUAGCUGCAGCCAGGCCAAUGUCUGCUACUGUGCCCAGUCCCACUGAAUCCCAGGGAAGCAACUCUCCUGUGCCCAAAAGGUAGGAAUCAUGAGAGUGGCUAAAAUAUGUAUUCACUUUUUUUUUCUGUGUGUAUAUCUGUCAUGCAUGUAUGUCUGUCUGUGUGUAUGUGUCUGCCUGUGUGCAUCUAUGAUUCUUUGUGUGUGUAUCAAAUAAAAAAAAUACCUUGUGAGUGUGUGAGAGGAUGUGUGUGUAUCUGUCUGUCAAUGUGUGUCUGUCAGUGUGUGUCAACAUGACUGUCUCAGUAUACUAGUUUUUAGCGGAAGUUACCUUUUACAAAUGCAACGCUUAUCCAGCAAUUGUUUAAUAUGACAAUUGUUUCAUGCUACAAUAAAAAAAGUUUAACUUUUUUUUUUUUCAAUAAUUGCCUAAAUAAUGAAGUAACAGCAAAUAAAUACAUAAAUAUUUCAUUCUCUGUUUCAGAUUUAAAGUGUAACUGACUUGGUAUGAAAUUAUUAUGAAAUUAUUAAAUGUCAUCCAUACAUUGUGUUUUGAGAAAUGCUUGUAAAUGUAUAGAUUUUCUGAAUAAGUCAUGGAGGAAUAUAGCCCCUCCUCUCUCUGUCAAUCCAUUCUCAGACGUCAGAUUGUUUAAUGUUGAUGUACUGGCAAAGAAGCGAGCAUGUUGGCGUCAAAGGGGAGGAUAGCUCUGCUUGCAGAAGUGUUCCAAGCAGGGGGUAUUCAAAUAGAACAGGGGUGGGAGACAGGAGGGACUGGGAGUCUUGCAGAGGAGGUGAGUGCUAGCAUAACAUCCCAUGAAGUAGUUAAAUAUUAUUAUUAUUAGUAUUUAUAUAGCGCCAGCUUAUUCCGCAGCGCUUUACAUUAAAAAUAUAUAAAUUACUUUUAGGAUAAAAGAUAAUUUUACAGAUUUAGGAGCUGCUGUCUAUUAAAGGACCACUCUAGGCACCCAGACCACUUCAGCUUAAUGAAGUGGUCUGGGUGCCAGGUCCAGCUAGGGUAACCCAUUCUUUUAUAAACAUAGCAGUUUCAGAGAAACUGCUAUGUUUAUGAAUGGGUUAAGCCUUCCCCCAAUUCCUCUAGUGGUUGUCUCAUUGACAGCCGCUAGAGGCGCUUGCGUGCUUCUCACUGUGAAAAUCACAGUGAGAGCACGCAAGUGUCCAUAGGAAAGCAUUGAUAAUGCUUUCCUAUGUGACCGGCUGAAUGCGCGCGCAGCUCUUGCCGCGCGUGCACAUUCAGCCGCAUGGGACGAGAAGAGGAGGAUCGGAGGAGGAGAGCUCCCCGCCCAGCGCUGGAAAAAGGUAAGUUUUUACCCCUUUCCCCCUUCCACAGCUAUUAAAUCAUGUGAAAAGCUAAUCUAAAAAUAUUAAAUUGAUGCCACUGUGUGAUACUUUCAGAGAUAGUAAUUAGUGAGAACUGCCAGAAAUUUUAAGUGUAUGUCAAAUAUGUCAGAUAUAGCCAAAUUGGCAAAAUUUUCAAUUUCUAUGGCCUUAAAUUUUAAAUUCACUUUGAGUUCACCAUAAUUUUCACUUAAGUAGAUAACCCUAUUUGUUUUUAUGUAUAUGGUAAAUUACAUUUGGAAUAUCAUAUACUGUGGGUCUGCAUCUCUGGUCUAUUAUUAUUUUGAAUAAAUAACGACCAGUGAGAACAUUUAGGAAACACAAUUUUUCUACCCCUCCCUUAACUUCUGUAUCUUACAAGAAUCCUUUCAAAUCUUCAGAAUAUACAACAUAUACAAAAAAGAUAACAGACUAAAAGCGGUAAACAUUUACAAUUUCAUGGAUUUUAUGUCAUACAAAAUAUGAAAUACUUACUGUUAUUGCACUUACAUGAAAUUAAGUGCUCCUUGCCCAUUAAUAGGUAUAUAUCAAGAUCCCUGUAUUCAAAUUGUUCUUCUUAACUCACCAUCCAUGUUAGCUGUAAUUGAACAUAAGAACAAGGUGAUCAUUGCAAAUGUAUAAUGGUUCUUUAAAACAAGUACUACAUUCACACAGAAAACAACACAAUGAACAUUAAAACUUAAGAAUGUUGUUACUUGACAUGCCACAAUACAUAUAUCUGCUGCAGGAGUGUUGUGUACAGUAUCUUGAAUAUGCUUAAUGACACAUAAGUAAUAAUAUUUAUUGACAUGUGUAUUUAUUGGCCACAGAAAUACUAAAAUACUAGAUUGUAAGCUCUUUCGAACAGGGCCCUCAUCAACCUAUUGUUCCUGUAACGGUGUAUCCCAAAUUAAAAUGUCCCCUUUAUAAUAGUGUGUAAAGCGCUGUGGAAUACGUUGGCGCUCUAUAAAUGUUGAUUAGAAUAAUAAAAUAUUGUGUCCUUUUUGGGCUGUGAAUAACCAGUAAUCAGCUAAGAGCUGCCACCCAUACUAGUGGUGCGUAUGGUGACUACAAAUGUACAGUGGUUUCCUUUAAAAAUAUAUUUCAAUAUACUUUUUAAUUUUGCUGUAUGGUAACUCCAUUUCUUCCAGCACUGGCUAAAAGCCCUCCAGUAAUCAAAGAGUUAAGAAUGGAAUCUGAUCCAUCCAUGUUUCAGGGUUGCAUGGGGCCAUCUGUUAUUGCAGUGUAAACCUGCAAAAUGAAUUUUGCUAUCAAGUCACAGUAACCAUUUCAUUGCUGGGGAACUCAACCGUAAAGGAACAGCUGCUGCAUGCAUGUAAUAAUGCAUUUUCAGUUUUUUGUAGAAGCUUAAAAUCUAGUUGUAAGAUAUUCUGGUAACAAUUGUUGGAGCAUCCAUGCGUGACUACCUCUGUGUACUUAGUCAAGCUUGUAAUGAGUGGGAACUAUAAUAUAAGGUGUAAUUAAUGUAAGAUGACAAGUACGAUACAAGUGUGCCUGUGUAUAGGAAAAAGGUAGGGCUCUAAUCUUAGCAUUUAUCCCUUCUAAAGUGUACAUUUGUAACAAGACUGCAUAAGCAAACAGUAAUAACAGUAUGGUUACAUGCACUCUCAUGGAAACAGACAGGAACAGGCUGGUCUGGGAUGCAUUUACCCAAUGGGAUUUUCUGAGUUUAAGAAUUGCAAUGUUUACAGCAUCAUUUUUUUUGUUAAUACUCUAUUUUACUCCCAGUAGACAAUAGAGUUAGUUCUAUGAGAUCGAAAAUCUUGAGAUGGUGAAAAAGCAUGAAAAUGUUUGGGUCCCCAGUUUUGCUGAUAUCUCUCAAUCCUCUUCCAUAUUUUUAAAAGUGAGGCUCAGGUUCCCGGUGGUUUAACACUACAGCGAUUUCCUCAUUGCACCCUCAAAUGUUCUUACUGAUGUCAGAUCCUUGUAUAACAGCACGGAGCAAACUGCCACUCCUUUAUUGUUCCCUGCUAGACCACCAGGGCAAAUUAGGCUUUCAGGGGGGUGACACAAUGACUGGGCUCUUUGGUAAUUUGAUACUCCGUCACAAAUACAGCCUGUGAGGUUGUGAAGAUUAUGUUUCUUCCUCCAAUCAUGAUGUAUUUUGCUGGGCAAAAAUGUCAAAUUCUAAGCAGUGCUUCCUUCCACUAUUAAGACAUGGAAGUUAGUGGGACCUCUCCUAAGGCUUCAAUACACUACAUUUAUCCCUUUUUUGCGUAACCCACACUUUCCGGAUGAGGAAGUCCAAUAUUCCUACCAGUCCUGGUUGGCUGAGGGCCAUACUAAGAUACUCAAUUUUCUGGAUGAUCACAAUAAGUCGAUUCUCUUAUUUCAGCAAAUGAAACUUAAAUUUCCUGACCUUGAUGUUCUUUCUUUGCAUACAUCCAGACAUGUACCUCGAUUCACACUAUUCUUCCGAAUUAUGACUCUGCAGAUUGGGAUCAUCCCAUUGAUUGUUUACUUACACAGUCCACCACUCCUACUUACUGCAUUAGCUCCCUCUGUUCCCUAAUUUGGCCACAACUGGACUACUCAACAACGCAACCGGGUUUAUCUCAGUGGAUUGCUUGCUUCCCUACAUUAACUUCUGAGUGCUCAUAGCAACCACUGUUAAAUUGCUUAAACUAUUUCCAGGUGCCUCUUAUCAGGAGAUGCAUUUGAAUAUUGCACACUAUUCCUACUAUUCUCCUCAAAAACAAUUUACUUUAAAAAUGACAGCUACAGCUAACUGUUUGAAGUGCAGGUAUAAUGGAGCAGACCUUUACCAUUGUUUAUGGGAGUGUCAGUGUGUGGGGAUUCAGGUUAAAGAUUUUAUUAAAGGACACAGAGGCGAGUAUUAUACUUUAUCUCUUUAUUUAUUCCUCAGCAGCAAAGAAAGGAUACUGUAAUAUUCUUCAAAAAAUUCACUCUCAAAGGGUUAAUAACAUAACAUGACAUCCAAUAAGAAUGCUCCAUGCACCAUAAGUCCCCAUGUGGCCAUAAGCCACUCCUCUUUCUUUGCUGCUGCCUCCUCAGCUAAGUACAAUUUAUUUUUUUCCUGUCAUUACCAGUGAUUUCAGUGUAAUUUUAUGUGUUUUCAUAAUUGCUGUUUCAUGUUCUGUUUACCCAAGUAACUGCUUCGGUGCUUCGUGCUGUCUUGUUUAGUGAGCUCUGUUGGCUCUUGUGUUUCUCCCUCAUUCUUUUUUUGUAAAUAUGUUUUUAUUUCAGUUUAUAUUGUCAAGAAUAAGUCACAUUGAGACUCGCAGGUCUCCGUAAGCCUUUAGGGCACAGUAACCAAGGUACAACAUGUGCAUAACUUUUUUACUUCGGGCAACCGGGCGCGCAGGCCCACAAUUUCGCUGGACUCGCAGGUCCCUUUCAGCAUGCAGUUCUUGUCCCUAAACUAAUGUGACGUUUGCAUUCGGUCGCUUCGUUUGUUAGGUAACAUUAGGUAAACUUCAGUUUGGACUCGCAGGUCCACUUAGGGUGGAACAGAAGCAGCCUAUGAAAAGGAAAGACGGUCUGCGGAACCAGCAUUGGUGUCGUGUUGGUCACUAUGUAGCGGGUAUUAUAGUCGGGUGUCGGGCCCGUGUGUCUCGUUGCAGUAAGGCGGUCAGGUAUUACCUCCAGUAAACUCCAAGUGUCAGGGUGGGUCCGCUGGCCCCUUUGAGUCUCACGUUAAGUCCCGCGGCCUGAUCUGUAGUGCGUGCAUGUGGGUGUCUUCUGUUCUAUUGUCCCCUCGUGGAGGGGUGAGUGUCUUCCCGAAGGCCUUAUAAGUCUUCUCUUAUGUUGUCCUUGGCGUGUGCCAAGUACUUGUCUGUUCGCAUGCAGUAUUUGGGGUUGGGGGAUGUCCGGGUAGUGGCGUCUAGGGAGGUAGGGGGGUCGGGGUGCGUCCGCGUCUGGGUUGCGUCUGUCUAAGUCGUCUCUGUAUUUGUCGGUCUAUGCGGCUUCGUCACUUUGUCCUUAUGUGUCAUAUUGGAGCCUGUUUGUGAAUUCUGCCUUGGUGGUAGUCAGUAUCCAGUGGGUCCAUAUGUCCGUGUACCUAUUCGAGGAGUUGGAUGCGGUCAUAAUGAGUUCCUCUAUGGCUCUGAGUUCCUCCAUUUGGGAGAACCAGGAUGUCAACGGGGGUGUCGUUUGUUGCUUCCAGAAUUGAGGGAUCAAUUGUUUGGCAACGUUUAGUAUUCUAAUGGUUAGUGAGUGCUUGUAUCUCGUUCUAGGUGACCUUGUAUGGUGAAGGAGCAUAUGUUCUGGGAGGAAGGGGGGUGGCGUGUCUGAGAAGGUUUUGAGGAAGCCGUGUAUACCCCGCCAGAAGGGCUUUAUGGCUUCGCAGGCCCACCACAGGUGGAGUACUGUGCCGGCCUCUCUAUUACACCGCCAGCAGAGAUCCGUGUGUUCCGGGUCCAUGGCAUGGAGUGCGAUCGGGGUGCAGUACCAGUUCGUUAACAGUUUAAACGCCGUUUCUUGUGUUUUGCUGAAGACUGAGCAGUGAUGCGUUAAAUAGCAUAUCUUUUCCCAGUCCCCGUCUGUGAAGGUUUUCCCCAAUGUUUGUUCCCAUCUCCCCAUGAAUUUGGGUUUCUCCAUUGGUGUUUCCCUCUGUAGCAUGGAGUAAAUGAGUGAGAUCCCGUGUGGUUGCGGGUCUGGGUCCAUACACAUUCUUUCAAAUGUGGUAGGAUCACGUUUCCGUGCCGUGCCCCCCGGGAGGGUGUGUACAUAGCUCUGUAGUUGUCUGUGUUUUAGGUGGUGUAGGAGGGUGGGGGUUGCUCCCUCUAAUAGGGUCGGAAGUGUUUUGCAUUCCGUGCCUGCCAGCAGGUGGUGUAGUCUAGGUGGUUUAUGUCGGAUUAAGUCCCUGAAUGCGUUGGGGUCUAGCCCCGGUGGGAAGCUGUCGUUAUGCGUGAGAGGGAGAAGGGGGGAUGGGAAUGGUGCUAGUCUGCAUCUCUGUGCUACUCUCUCCCAUGCCCGUAGGGUUGCGGUUGUGUAGGGUGUGCCUUGUCUCCCGCUCCCUCCCCUCCCCAGCCAUGGGGCGAUGGACAGCGGUAUCCCCGCAUCCGUUUCCUCUACCUCUUUCCAUCUCUUAUGCACCUUCUCUUUUGUCCACUCCAUAAUUCGUUGGAGGUGACAGGAUUCGUAGUACAGGGAGAAGUCUGGUAUGGCCAGUCCCCCCCUGUCCUUGGGCAACGUCAGUGCGGCUAGUUUGAUCCUCGGUCUUUUGCGGUCCCAAAUGUAUUUCCCGGUUUCCUGUCGCAGGGCCUGAAAGAAUGAUCUGGGGAUGGUAAUGGGUAGGGCUUGCAUGAGAUAUAGUAGGCGUGGGAGCAGGUUCAUUUUUAUAACCUGGACCCUGCCCAGCCAGGAUAUGUGUGGGUAUGCCCAGUCCGACAGGUCUUUCCGGAACCUGUUUAGCAGGGGGAUGAAGUUGUGUCUGAAUAGAUCAGGUUCCCUCCUCGUCAGCCAUGUGCCUAGGUAUUGUAUUUGAUGUUGUGCCCAUUGGAAUGUGUGGCUCUGCUUUAAGGGGGAAGCUCUGUGUUCUGGUAUACUAACGUUCAAGAUGUAUGAUUUUGUGAAGUUGAUCUUGAGGUUGGAUAUCUCUCCGAAGGUCCUGAAGGCCUUCAGGAUAUUCGGGAGCGAGACCUCCGGGUUAGUGAUAAAGAAGAGGAGGUCAUCGGCGUAUGCCGCGACCUUGUGUUGUGUGUCUCCAUGUCCAAUGCCCCUGAUUGCUGCGUCCUGUCGUAUGUGCGUCAGGAAGGGUUCGAGUGUCAGCACAAAAAGCAGGGGUGACAAGGGGCACCCCUGCCGUGUGCCGUUGGUGAUAGGGAAGUCACUCGUCAGGGCUCCGUUUACUAUGAUGUGGGCUGUGGGGCCGUCGUACAGUGCCUCGACCCAUCUCCGGAAGUGCGGUCCCAGCCCAGUGUGGGCCAGUGUGUGGAACAUGUAUUGCCAGUCGACUCUGUCGAAGGCCUUCUCUGCGUCCGUGGACAGCAGUAGAACGCCUUCGUCCCCGCAAUUACAUCUGUGCAUGAGCGUCAGUGCCCUGAUCGUGUUGUCUCUUGCUUCGCGGCCCAUGACGAAGCCAACCUGGUCUGGAUGUAUUAGAGUGGGGAUGUGUGUCUGGAGGCGUGUGGCCAGUAUCUUUGCUAACAGUUUGACGUCGCAGUUGAUAAGUGAGAUGGGCCUGUAGUUCCCGCAGUGUUCCCUGUCCUUACCUUCCUUCGGGAUGAGUGCGAUGUGUGCGGUCAGUGACUGUUUUGGCAGGUGAUGUCCUUCCCUUAGUGCGUUCAGGGCGUCUAGGAGAGGGGGGUAUAGAUGUUCCGCGAACGUUUUAUAAUACUUUAACGGGAGCCCGUCUGGACCGGGGCUUUUACCCUGUUUUGUCACUUUAAUGGCAUAGGCUAGUUCCUCUAUCGAAAUUGGUUCGUCUAGGCUUUCUGCGGUUACCUGGUCUAUGGACGGGAGGGGGUGGGCUGACAGGUAGGCUUGUAUUUUCUCCCGCAGUCUGUCUUUCGCCGUGUCUAGGAGGGGCCGGGGGAGGGCGUAUAGGUUCGCGUAGUAUUCCCGCGUUAUGUCGAGGAUUUUAGAGGGUAGGUGGUGCAGGGUGCCCUGCCCGUCUCUCAUUUUAUCGAUGUACGUUCUUUGUCUCUGUUUGGCUAACAUUCUGGCCAGUAGCUUACCGCUUUUAUUGCCGUGAAGUAAGAAGAAGGCCUUAUGUCUGGUUAUGUCUCUGUGGUGUUUCCUUUGUAAGAGGCUCGUCAGGUCCCGUCUGAGACGUAGUAGUGUCGCCUGGUGUGCCGUUUGUUGGGUGGUUUUGUUGAGUGUUUCCACCCUGUGUAUUUCGGUCACUAGUUCCGUCAGGCGACUAUCUGUCUGCUUUUUAAGGGUGGACCCCUGACGGAUGAAGUGUCCUCGUAUCACGCUCUUGUGUGCCUCCCAUCUAAUGGUCGGUGAGGUGUGUUCAGUUGUGUUCAUCUCAAAGUAUUCUUUGAGUGUGUCGUUGACCUCGGACGUGAAGUCGGGCCUAGUAAGGAGGUAUUCGUUAAGCCUCCAUUUGUUGUGCCGGGGUCUGUACAGGGGGGACGAGAGUGUUAGGGUUACCGGCGCGUGGUCUGACCAUGUCGCCACCCCAUGUUCUGCAGCGUUAGUUAUUGGUAAAUGGUAGUGCGUGGUAAAAAGGUAGUCUAGCCUGGUGUAAGUGUUGUGCACGUGGGAGAAAAACGUAUAAUCCCUCUCGUCCGGGUGAUAGGCCCUCCAGCAGUCUAUCAGCUGGUGGCGAGUUAGAAGGGUCUUGAUUGAGUUUAGGUUUUGCGCCGGGACCCACGAUCGUCCGGCGGAGGUGUCCCACCGCGGAUUGAGCGCUACGUUUAGGUCACCCCCCACUAUGAGGAUUCCCUCCGUGAAGGGCCUUAGUUUCCUAAGUGUGUGUGCCAGGAAUCUGUAUUGUCGGGUGUUCGGGGCGUAGACGUUCGCGAAUGUAUAGGCCUGUCCUGCUAUUGUGCCCUUUAGGAAGAGGAUUCUGCCUUCCCUGUCCGUCAGCUGGCCCGUUUCUACAAAAGGUAUAUGUUUGUGAACUAGAAUGGCCGUGCCUCUGGACCUUCCUGCGUGAUAGUCGCUGUAAUAUCCCGUGGGGUAGUGAUGGUUUGUCAGUUUGGGCCUGGACCCGCCCUUGAAGUGUGUCUCCUGUAUUAGUACUAUCGAGGCUCGUUGAGCGUGGAAGUCUCUCAGCGCUCCUGAGCGCUUCUCCGGUUUAUUGAGACCUCUGGCGUUUAUGGAGAGGACAGAGAGACAGUCCGGCACCAGUGCCUUCGUGCCUGUGUGUGAGUGUGGCCGCAUCGUUUCGUCCUUGGGUCUCAGUCCAGUCAGGGGAUCUGUCCGCGGUCUGUGUCCUGUCUGUGUCUGUGUCGUAGGUUGGGUGGGGGUUGUAGGAAGAGAAGAAAGAGGAGAAAAAAGAGGGGGGUGAGGGGAAGGGGGAUGAGAGAUAUGUGGGUGUGCGUGUCCUUGUCACUAUAGGGUGACAGUGAGGUGUCAGCGACGGGGAGCGGUUUAGCCAGCGGCCACCUGUGGUCCGCGGCUGCCGCUCGCCUGUCUGUGUCGCUGGGCCCUUUGGGGCAGUAGAAGGAAGCUAAGGGACUCCGGGUGGAACCAGUCCUCCCUGCGUCCGUGCGUAUGUCGGUGGUAGAUGUGUACCUGGGUUGCGUUUCUCGGUCCGUUUGGUCCGUGUAGUCCCCCUGUCGGCUCUAUCUGUCAGGUUCUGGUCGUUAUGAACGUCCUCCUCGGUAUAGUUCCUGUGUAUUGGGCUCCGGGUCAUGGGUCAAGCCGCCGUCUCAGGCGCCUAUCAUGUGCGUAGGCAAAUAAGAAUUAGAUGAUACAACAAUUUUGCAUUGAAACUCAAUAAACCUUUCUCAAGAGUAAACUUUAAACUGUGAACUUGGUUGUGGCAUGCAGCUGCCUGCGUUAUAACCUGAUUGCGUACCUAGCUGAGUACCUAACCUUCGCUCCCGUACCUCCCCCUCUCUGGCGCCUGUGUCGGGUCUCCCUGCCCCCCCAGGGAUGGUUCGGGUCGUCCCCCACCGGCCCUCCUCUCAGGUGCCCCUCUCUCCCUAACCCGUGCCCGGGCCCCUCUUCAGCGUGUCCCCCCCACCCUUCGUCCGUGUGUGAGUGGGACCACCCGGUGGGGCCCGCCCCCUGCUCGGUUGGGUCAUCGCAGGGCGGUCGGGGCCCCAGCGGCGGGCCCCAGUCCUAGAGGAGCUCCGGAAUUUACCCCCCCCAUUCCCUCUGGCCCCCCCCCCUCGGGUCAGCCUUGGUGAAUGCGCCUGGGCUGGGGUCGCAGCCCCCCUGGGGUCGGCCUCUACACGAUGGUUUCGGUCCCUAGGUGCGGCCCCCUCCAGCCGGCUCCCUCCCUCCCCCAGCAACCCCGGUGGGGUCAAGCCAUGUGUAGCCCGUCUGUUGUACCAUGGGUGUUAACUCGUUUGCGUGCUCGGGGGCGAGUAGCUUCCCCUGUGGGUAGGGGCUCUUCUAUUAGGCCUAUGCGUGUUGCCCUAUGGCAGUGUCUAGCUGGGCUGGUGGCUGCCCCCUCUGACUGCCUUCGGUAACGUGCUCCCCUUACGCUUCCCCAGUGCCUUCCCCCCCCCCAGGGUUCGUGAGCAGGGUAGGUGCCCCCCUGGUGUGCCCGUCCCCCCAGAUCACCACUCACAGUUCGAAGUGAUUUAGGAGAGCAGUCUCGUUACCCCUAGUGUCCAUGAGGAGGUUGGUACCCCUAUUGAAGGGUGAGUCCCGGUUGGUGGUACUUGCGGUUACAUGCUGCAGCUGCCAGCGGUUGACCCUCAUGCCGCCGUCCCCGAGGGCCGAGUGGCCUGUUGUCGGGUCCCUCUGCUUCUGUGUUGCUGUGGCUGGGGCCGCUGGUUCAGCGGUGGUGUCGUGUAGAAAGCGAGGGGAUCCGGCCAUGUCAUGGUGAUGGGUGGGAGCUGUAGCUCUGCGGCGAGAUCACUCAGGUCCUCCGGGUGUCGGACAGCAAAGGGCCCCUUCGAGGUGAGAGCCUGCAGCCCGGUCGGGAAGGUCCACCGAUAUCUGAUCCUGUUGCUUUGGAGGAUUCUCGUAAGGGGCUUCAUCGCCCGUCGGUAAGCCAGGGUAGCCGGGGAAAGGUCUGGGUAUAGCUGGAGUUCCGCGCCAUUCAGCAGCACCUUUUCUGUGUUUCGUGCCUUCUGGAGGAUGUCCUCUUUUAGGCGGAAGCAGGCCAGGCAACAAACUGUGUCUCUUGGGGGAGCCCCCGGGGGGCCCCUCGGUCUUAGUGCGCGGUGGGCUCUAAUAAACUCAAUUGCGGUGGUAGUUGGGCGGCCCAGAAGCUUGUUAAAUAGUUCUUUAAGGGUGUCUGCUAUUGGCGUUGUUUGGUCUAGGUCUUCUGGGAUGCCGCGCACCCGUAUGUUUUGGCGCCUGCCACGGUUAUCCAGAUCCUCCAUAUGCAGGGCCAUUUGUCUCAUUUGCGCUGUAUGAUGUUGUAUCGCGUCUGUGUUUGCAGACUGAGCGGAGGACAGAUGAUCAGUGUCCGCCUCGAGUUGGGACACUUUUGUGUGGAGGCCCUGGAUGUCCUCCCGGAGUGAGUGCAGUUCUGCAGUGAUGGAGGCUCUCAGCUCUGAGUUAGCCUCCUUCAGGUCUUGUUUUGUAGGCAGGGCUCGGAUUAAUUGAACCCAGUCCGGUUGAGGGUCCGGAGGGGUCUGGGCCUGUUGCAUCUGGCGGCUGUCUCGUGGCGACGCUGGGCGGGAAACGUCGGCAGUUUCAGAGGCUGUGCAGGCCCGUGCGGCCGCCUCUGUGGGAGUCACUAGGAAUUGCCGGAGGGAGGCGGCAGCUGUGCCCUUCGGCGUGUCCGUCGGCUUGGUGGUAGUCGGUGCCCGGUGAGUUUUACCCAUGUUUGCCCGGGGUAUAGGUGCUUCGAGGAGGGUUUGUGCUUGGCCUGCUGGGGAGCUCCGGGAUUACGCCGCCAUCAUUCUCGGCUUCCAAGCCACGCCCCGUUUCUCCCUCAUUCUUCCCCUCCCUCCCCUUCCUCUCUGUGCUCAUUGAUUGGGUUGUUUAUAACCCGACGUUCUGGGGCGGUUUGCAGCCUCACUACCUGAGGCUCUCUCCGUCCUGGUGUCUCACAACCCUACUCCAAGAUUCGCUAUCGGUCCCGCUGGUCUGCGGAUCCAGGUGCGGCUGGCGCCACCCACACAUUUGCAUGACGCGAGUGCGCAUUUUGGCUGCCAUAUUGGGGUUAGCUAUUUUGCAGCGUUUUUGUUUCCCGGGCAUUUUGCACAAGUUUGGGGGCGGGUGCGUGCUGAUUCCCCGGCACAGUAACCUGGCAGCUCACUGGUGCUCCCCAGGGGCCAUUCCUAAGGGAACACUCAGUUAG